GGAGCCUCAUUAACAAGGAGGCGGGUUUUCACCGCGGCCUGUCUGACCAGAUCCACCCAGGGAGAGUGUCGCUUGCCGCCCAAAUUUGCAGCUGGAUGGUCGUGCACCUUUCUAAUUUCGUGGCAGACGAUGAUUGCCAAGCUAGUCCCAGCGAUUCCAGAUCGUCGCAGGGCUGAAAUGACCUCGGCAACUGCCACCAGCAGGCCUUUCCCGAGCCUCAUGUUCGGGGAACCAGAUGCCAUAUAAGACUGCCUGCUCACGGUGGUCUUUUUGCGUAACAUUUCGAAGCACCUAUCUACAGUGGUCAUUCAGUUUUCUAAGCAAUAUCCUACAAGGCUGCGCGAUCUCUCAGGCAAUCUUUUGCAUGUUUCUGAUUAAAUAAGUUUCAAGAGAAGCGCCAACUAGUGUUGUCGUAUUUGUUUUGUCUGGUCCAAAAAAGCUCGACCUGGGUAUGAGGUGCCGUUACGAGGGGUGGCUGCGAGACGAUUCGUGGUUUGUCGAGGUCCAGAAGUGCGUGAUCAGAGAGUGGUUAUGUCCAUUUAGCCGGCUACAUUAGCCGGCGAACACUAUCAAAGAAGUACUCGCGAGUUCAGCACGCUUUAAACCAGUGCUGCUUGUUGCUCGUGUUCGCAGAGCCUAGCUUUAUAGUGUUGGGAAUUGAAGGCAAACAAAGUGGAGUUUCCAAUUUUUGGAGACAAAGUGGAUCCUUCAGGACGCUGAAGAUGGGAAGAGGUGCAGGCACCGCUGUUAAAGUUUCGCAGACAGCUGGGAGAUUGGAAAAAGUUCGUAUUGGGAUCAAUGGCUUUGGUCGCUUUGGUCGCUUGGUUGCGAGAGUGGCCCUCGAGAGAGACGACAUCGAACUGGUCGUUGUCAAUGAUCCUUUCAUCAGCACAGACUACAUGGCGUACAUGUUUGCAUACGAUUCAGUUCACGGCCAGAAGUGUGCCAUGGCCGACAUCUAUGCUCAGGACGCGCACACAGUUUCUUUCGCCGGCAAGAAGGUUGCCGUCUACGGACAGAAAGAUCUUGCUAAGAUCCCGUGGGGCAAGCACCGAGUAGACUACGUCGUGGAGUGCACGGGGAACUACACCGACAAAGACCGCGCAGCAGCGCAUUUAAAGGGCGGAGCGAAGAAAGUGAUUAUUACGGGUUACAGCAAAGACGCGCCGACGUUCAUCGUGGGAGUGAACGAGCGCGACUAUAGACCCGAGCACAAUGUCGUAUCCAUGGCCGGUUGCACAACCAACUGCAUGAUCCCCCUCAUGAAGGUACUUCACGACAGAUUCGGGGUGGCAGAAGCUCAAAUGACCACUGUGCACUCUCUCACUGCCAUCACGAAAUCGUUGGAGGGCCCCUCGUUGAAGGACUGGCGCAGCGGAGCCGUGGCGGGUUUCAAUCUCAUCCCAAGCUCUACGACAGCGUCCAAGGCAAUCGGCCGCCUCAUACCCACCUUGAACGGCAAGAUCCGCAGCCAAGCAUUUCGGAUUCCCACUCCAGACGCGUCCCUCGUGGACUUGACCGUCAGGUUCUACAGGCGAGUUCCAUACGAAGAGAUUUGUGCCGCGAUCAGGGAGGAGGCCGAGGGGAAGAUGAAGGACAUCUUGGGCUACAGCGACGACGAUCCUGUCUCUAGUGAGUUCGUGGGUGACAGCCGGUCCGGCAUCUUCGAUGCUAAAGCUGGGUUCGCCAUGGCCGACAAUUUUGUGAAGCUCGUCGCGUGGUAUGACAACGAGUGGGGCUACAGUCACCGCGUGGUGGAUCUCAUCGUCCACAUGUCGUCAGUGCAGCACUCUCGAUACCAUUUUUGACCGCCGCACCGUAGAAUUCCAUGUAGAGAUAACGCUCCCCCUUUGUAGAUUGUACACACACACACACACAAGUCACUGAUAUAAAACUAGUGACAGUUAAGGGGGCUAGCUAGAGAGUAGCGCAGCAAAGCUGCAUGAAUCUGUAAAUUUGGCUACAUACAUCUUGAGAAGGUGAAGGUGUCCACCUCCGGCAGCGGAGGGCAGAGAUGUCGCAAUUCUUCAAUUUCCUCGGCAGGAUGAUGAGCUUCGCUUCGAUCAUUCCCAACUGUGCUUCAGAAAACACGAUGUGCGCACUGUUGGGGCGCGGUACCGAAAUCAUACUUGACAUGCAAAUGACGAGCUCUUUUUUUGUCUGAUA